AUGAGUAAGGAUAAUGUACUGCAAAGAAUAAUUGAGCCUUACAAGAACAGUCUGACACUGACUGUGAUCAGAGAACGAAGAUUGAGGAAAGCUUUCCAAGUCGAAGCUGUGAGAGUUCAUGAACGAUAUGUAAGUGAUAUGGAUACUGCUAUGGAGUCUUUGGAGGAGAAGUAUGAGGGUGCCGGGGCUUGUUAUUCGGAAGAUGGCUUGACCUUUUUGGAUGUAUUCGAUGCCGAUGAAUUUGCGGAGUACAGGAAGGACAAUCUCUUCUACCCUUUUGCAUCCAAGGAGGAAUGGGAAGUUGCUGACUAUCUCCUUCGCUCGACCCUGAGUAUGGCAGCAAUUGAUGAAUUUUUGAAGCUUCACAUGAAAUCCUCUGUUUCAUGCACGGCUUCUGAGGGUAAUUCUGCUUGGGACAUGCAGAGCCAAUAUCCUAUAGGUGCUACGAUCCUUGGUGCUGUUUUAUCUUCUGAUAAAACAAAUAUCACUACCAUGACUGGUGCCAGGAUCGCCCAUCCACUUCUUCUCGGCCUCACCAACAUAUGUAUGCGUACUCGUACAAAACUCUCAUCCAAAGCAUUCAUGCUCAUGGCUCUCCUCCCCAUUCCGAAGUACCUACACCCCAAUCAACGGAUGUGUGGCAUGCUUGAAGACCGCGUGGUGCAUGAGUGCCUUUCGAUUGUCCUAAAGCCCUUGAUGAUAGCAGCAGAAGUUGACAUCAUGAUGUCCGAUCCGGUGGGAAAUGUUCGACACUGUUUGACGCCUCUUGCAGUGUACAUCGUCGAUACCCCAGAGGCAGCCAUGCUUGCAUGCAUGCGAGGGAAGACAUCUCCUUUCACCAUGGCUUCGUAUCUACAGUUUGGGGAUCAUUUCCAGCACCCUGCUCGUACGUGUGCGAUAACUCUCGCUCAGCUUGCCAGUAUCACAGUUGAUCCCAAUGAUCUCGAGGCAUAUUUCGAGGCAUGCGCUGAACACCGGCUAAAUGGUGUUCAUGCACCUUUCUGGAAGGGCUACCCCCAUGCUGAUCCCUCCAUCUUCCUGACGCCAGAACCACUACAUCACUGGCACAAGGAAUUUUAUGACCACGACCUUCAGUGGUGUCUCAAGGUUGUUGGCGCCCAGGAGCUAGAUUUCAGGUUCUCUAUAUUACAGCCCAUCACAGGAUAUCACCACUUUGCAGGUGGAAUUUCAAAACUCAAGCAGGUCACAGGCAGAGUUCAUCGCGACAUUCAGUGCUACAUUGUUGGCCUGAUAUCUGGUGUAGCUCCUCGUCACUUCAUGAUUGCAAUAUGCGCCCUCAUGGAUGUCCAGUACUUGGCACAGUGCCCUGCACCUGACAACAACUUACUGUCGUCUAUCGACCAAUCCCUUUUGAUGUUUCAUGAAAACAAGAAUGUUAUCAUGACAUUAGGUGCACGGAUGGGAGCAAAGAAGCCGAUCGACAAUUGGUUCAUCCCUAAGUUGGAGCUCCUGCAGAGCAUCACAUCCAGUACGCGCAAAGUUGGUGCCCUCAUCCAGUGGUCUGCAGAUGCAACUGAACAUGCCCAUAUAUGUUGCUAUCUGGAUCGUCAGGAGAAACUGCGACAUUUUGUGAUCGCUACAACUCUCAAAAGCUACAAUCCUGUAGACGUUGCUGAGGAGAAUGAAGGGGAAGAAGACAAUAUUGAUCAUGAUGAUGAAUGGGAGCUAUCUGAUCCACGGACUGCCCUCCUCGAGGAGAUGAAUCAAACACGCAUUACUACAAAUUAUUUUAGCAAAGCCACACAAUUUGAUACCCUCAGCCACAGACAACUUGCUUACCCCCCUCGAACAUUUAUAGGUGGUACCACUGAUAUCCAUCUCAACUAUGAUCCAUCCCGUAACGGAGUCAAAGUUGGGGACAUUUCUGUUGACUACAAUAUACCGGAUCUGCACUUUGCGCUUUCAGAUUUCUUGCAGCGUGACGCAAGGGGGAGAGGAAUAGUUCAUGGAGGUCGCUUCAAGAAGGAGACUCAAACAUCCUUUCACGAUUCUAGCAUCGUAUUACCAGCACAGACUGUACAUGCCUCUCCUUCGGGCCCUGGAUGGCCCAAAGGCCGACAGAAUUUUGUCCUGGUUAAUAUAGACGGAGCCGCUGAAUGGCCCAAAUCAGGCCUAACAGGUCACGCAAUCUGUGAGUUAUGUGUUAUUUGUUUGAGUAUUGGGCCAAUUGAUCCAGCCACUGGGAUGCAUACACUGAAAGUGUUAUCCCUCGACUUGGUGAUGUGGCAGAUGCGCAAUUAA